UGAAAAUCGGCCGAUCGGGAAAAAUUCGAUUCGUGCAUCCGAAGUUUGCUAAUUUUCAGAUUCGGUGCGAAUCGAAUUUUUCCUAAUAUUCGAAACGAAAUACACUUCGCCAGCCGGCAAAAGUGUCACUGCAGAGAGCUCCGCUAUUUCUGACAGUUCUGACAGUUUCAUUUACAGCGGUUGAAACAUUGUAUCUAUUUGUUUCCAUUUAGGAUACAGAUGUUUUUAUUCGGAAAUAGAUACAAUGUUUCAACCGCUGUAAAUGUGAAGGAACUGUCAGAACUGUCAGAAAUAGCGGAGCUCUCUGCAGAUACACUUUUUGCUGGACUGGAAUUCUUCUUUCUUUUCCUUCUUCUUCUUUCUUUUCAUUCUUUUCCUUCUUCUUCUUCUUUUCAUUCUUUUCCUUCUUCUUCUUCUUUUCAUUCUUUUUUCUUUUCUUCUUCUUCUUCUUUUCAUUCU